AUGUUCCGUCGUCGCUGGUCUGGCCUGCCGCCGGAUCCUCAGUUUCCCAGUGAUCUUACUGAGCUUGGCUACUUUGUCAACGAGAUCGACGAGAUACGCUCUAUCGCAAACCCCGAUUACUACUUCAAGUACUUUAUCAACAAGAACGAGCGUUGGAAUGAGCGCCAGCGCUUCGCCUUUAACGAAGCUGUCGGCAAGAUAAUCCACGAACGCCUUACGAGCCUAGGCCUAGAAACUCUUCGCCUGCCACUUGGCACUCCGCCAACCGAACCUCAUGUUCCCAUUCGCAUCUCAUCGACUCUCGCCCAAGCUAAGCGCGUCGUCCUUUUUUUCGGCGAGUCAUGCCAGGAAUCCGGCGUUCUCUCUCACCGCGUGAUCGGCCGCCGUGGCGGUAUCAACAAGGGCUCGCUCGUGUCUCUCGUACAAGGGCUGAAGAAGCAACAGGCGGAGGAUGGCAAGAAGGACGAAGAGCUGGGCAUCGUGCUCGCCAACCUGGGCGAGCUCUGGUGGUGGCCUGAGGGCAAGAGAGGCCUGACACCUAGGGGGCGGCAUGGCGUUCCCAUGGCCAGCUGUGUACAUCUGGGUCGGUGGCAUGACAAGAAGGUGAAUGAGAUCCCGCUGAAUAGGUCGCCGGCGCAGCACGUGAAGUGUGUCUUUGAGAGCGUUGUGCUAGGUGGCGAGGAGGGCAAGAAAGUGCCUGAUGAUGCCAUGCUAGACAUCAUUGCGGUUGGUGAUGGUGCGGAUGAGGUUGAGAAGUACCUCGAUCAGGAGGAAGUAUGGGCGAAGAUUGGAGAUAGGCUAAAUUCCUUUGUGAACCUCAACGGCAAUUACAGCGCGACAAAGCUUACGUGCAAUGGGUUCAAAAAGUUCAUGGAAGACCGCGCCCGCGCUUACAUGAUGCACAACUCUCCCCUUGGCACCCCCCUUGCUGGGCCUGCUGGCAACCCAGGCAUGCUUGGCUUCACAACCUACGGCUGCCCCGUUUACAGCGCUGGCCCGACAGUGCUCUACGUUGAAACCAUGCUCAUUGAGAUAAUGCCCGCUGUUCUGGAGUGGAUAUGUCAGGUUGCUCGCGAAGGCAAGAACUACAAGAACGAAGAAGUCCAUGUUUAUGGGGAUGAAGUUCCGAAGGAGGAUGACAUCACUUGGGCCAACUGGAGCGAGGACAAGAUGUGGGGUGAAACGAUGGAUGAUAGCAACGUUGAUGUUGAGAAACUGGGAGACAUGGUAGCCAAGGUUGUUACGGAGAAGGAGGGGCUUUCGGCUACGGAGGGAUGGUAA